AUGGAGAAGGGCGAUGAUGACGCGGUGGAGCUGCUCGACGAAGAUGUUGCCGGGCCAAUCACUGAUCUUUUUGAGAAGCAAGAGCAUCCGGCCAGUCAGGGCGGCAGUCAUGAGCUGACACUGCCAUUACCCUCCAGGCGUCAAGUAGAGCUCAGCCGACAUGUGUUGGAAGAGGUCUCAGACCAGGCGUGGGAUAUCGCUGGCGAUACGUCUCUUCAUAACACUGUGAUCUAUGGUUCAGUUGAAGAGGUGACCCGGCUAAGACGCGACGAGAAACGCAACAUCAACGCGUUGGACCAGCACGGCCGGAGUGCUCUACAUGUGGCUGUAGACAAGGCACCCUUUCAUAUGGUUAAGUUGCUGCUUGACCUGGGUGCGGACAUCCAUUUCCCAGACACAGAAGGUCGAACACCUCUACAUUUGGCCUCCGCAAUGGGAAACGUAAAUGCUAUUGCAUUGCUACUCGAAUACGGUGCAGACACCUCCAUCACGGACAAGCGCGGCCAGAGCGCUCUACAUGUAGCCACCGCAGAAGGGUCUACUGAAUCCGUUCGUACCCUACUUUUGUACGGCGCUGAUACUGAGGGGAGAGACUCGAAGGGAAACACUCCUUUAGAUGAAGCAGUGACCAGGGGCGAUCAGACGAUACUCCAUAUCCUUAAUCUGGCGAGGAUCUGGAUGAAAGGGGACAGAGAAGGCUUCUAUGUCAACACUACUCUUAUUACAGCAGAUGCAAAUGGAGAUCAAGGGCUAAUGGAUAUCCAGGAGAUUGCCGAGAACGACAAGGAAUGGUACAUGGAAGCGACUGUAUCGCUACGAGCCUCGCAAAAGUUUCCCCCACCAGGUGCUCUUGAUCUAUAUGCCCGCCUACUGAGAAUCGAAGCAACCUGGGAGAAGUGGGAAGUGGCUGCAAAUCAGAUUCCGGCGCUCCUUAAGCUUACAUAUUUUGGAGUUGUCAUCUUCUUUGAUAAUAGCAGGUCGAUGAAAAAAGGGCAGCGAAUAAGCAUACUUUACAAUACACUCAUUCGAGUGGCCGAGAUUUUCACCAAGCUGACCGGCAGAGGCGUAUCACUUCGUCCUCUGAAUGGUGAACGGGAAUGGGACAUGCUGGGUCCAGGCGAAGUCAUUGACCUAUUCGAGACAGAAAUCCUGUUCUAG